UUCACACCCACAUUCAACAGGCACCGACUCAUAGCAUGGUUUACGCACAGAUUGGAGAGCGGUCCAGAGCGGCUGCAGACAAACAUCGAGGAAGAUGGGGACUGUUUAAUUUGCGCGCAAUGGCGCCAGUGCGCAAAUCCCAUUCUGCCAAUCCAGAUAUGCGCUUCAACAGGUAGAUUAAAGAACAAUAAAAUAAAAUAAAUAAAUAUAUAUCUUUACUGCAUUCGGACAAAAGCAGAAGAGGAUGGGGACGCCACACAACGGAUCCAACGUAACGUCGAAUUAUACCAACCAGUACGUGCAGCCGCCAUGGCGCAUCGCUCUCUGGUCGGUUGCGUACAGCUCCGUGCUGGCGGUGGCCGUCUUUGGAAACCUCAUCGUCAUAUGGAUCAUUCUCGCCCAUAAACGCAUGAGGACGGUGACCAACUACUUUCUGCUUAACUUGGCCUUUUCUGACGCGUCAAUGGCCGCUUUUAACACUUUGAUAAACUUUAUCUACGCUGCUCACGGAGACUGGUACUUUGGCGAAGCCUACUGUAAAUUCCAGAACUUCUUCCCAGUCACAUCUGUGUUCGCAAGCAUCUACUCCAUGACUGCAAUAGCUGUGGACAGAUACAUGGCCAUCAUUCACCCUCUGAAGCCUCGUCUCUCAGCAAAGGUCACCACGGGAGUCAUUGUCAGUAUCUGGAGCCUGGCAGUGGUUCUGACCUUCCCUCUGUGCUAUUUCUCCACCACCCGAGUUUUACCCCACAGGACCAUCUGCCACGUCGCCUGGCCUCGCAAGGAAGAUGACCCCUUCAUAUAUCAUAUUAUAGUUACAGCUCUGGUGUACGUGCUGCCCUUAGUGGUGAUGGGCAUCACUUACACCAUCGUGGGGGUGACAUUGUGGGGUGGUGAGAUUCCUGGAGACUCAUCUGAUAAUUAUCACGGACAGCUGAGAGCUAAAAGGAAGGUUGUAAAAAUGAUGAUCAUUGUGGUGGUGACGUUUGCCCUCUGCUGGUUGCCGUAUCAUGUCUACUUCAUUGUGACUGGUCUUAAUCAGCGCCUGAAAAAGAAGAAGUACAUGCAACAGGUUUACCUGUCUGUGCUGUGGCUGGCCAUGAGCUCCACAAUGUAUAAUCCUAUUAUCUACUGCUGCCUCAACAGCAGGUUUCGAGCUGGCUUUAAGAGGGCAUUUCGCUGGUGCCCCUUCAUCAAGGUGUCCAGCUACGAUGAGCUGGAAUUACGCUCAAUACGUCUGCAACAAACACGCCAGAGUAGCAUGUACACGCUGACACGGAUGGAUACCACCAUGGUUGUGGUCUAUGAUCCUGCUGAGGGCAACGGCGGAGGAGGAAGAACGCACUCCCUGUCCACCAGGAAGAGAAGCUAUGUCACCUCACGCCAGGCGGAGAUCACUGCCUCCAAUGACACCAGAGCAAGGACACAGAAUGGGGUUGCACCGAAAGCUGAAAUUGAAGAAUUCUCUUGAAGAGCACAUUUGCUUAAAUCCAUGUAAAAACCUAAAUAUAUACACACACACACAUGCACACACACAUAUAUAUGUGUAUAUAUAUAUAUAUAUAUAUAUAUAUAUAUAUAUUGUUGGGUUAUUUUGGUUAAAGAACGUCAUGCAGUCCAGCUAUUUAAACACAAAGCACAUGCUGUGGUUGCUUGGCUCAGACAGAAGUAUGUAUAUACUUAAAAGUAGACUCUUCUGCAUGCAGAGAAGCUAUACAAACCAUAAUGAUUUGCCUACUUUCUCAGCGCAACAUCCAGUUCUGAAUGAGAGCAGUGUACAUAGCUCAUUUGUUGAAAUGUUAAUUAAAAAAAUUCACAGUUCAUAUAAAAUAUCAAUUACAACUUCCUUAAUCAUCAUUAAAUAUUUUUUUAAAGUAAUCUGAAGUUACAUAAUAGUAAUUAUAUACAGAUGAAAGACUUUACACAUCCAGCUGUAAAACUGUGAGAUAAUGUGAUUCAGAGCACUGGCUCGUCAUCUAUUCACUCGGAGGCGAAGGACAAGCUUCUGCAUAGUUAUCAGUUGAAAAGCUGCUGACUGAACUCUGCUUAACUCCAUAUGUGGCUCUGAGUUUAACUUUCAGCUAUAUAACAAUUGAACGGGAGGUGUCCCACUAACUGGCAAUAAGCCAAAGGUGAAAUGUAGUAUGUAUUUACAGCAUGUCAAUAAACAGGCUGAGGGAUGGUCUUACUGAGGGAAACCUGACAGACCAGAUUGGACCUGGACAUUCCAAGUGAGUGUCCGCAUUAAACUGCACUCAGUUUCUUGCCCUUGUAAAGUGAAUAUUCAUAAAUCCUAUUGGUUUUGGCUAGUUGUUGCAAAUGCAGUAUUACUAGAAUGUUUCAUACUGGGUUUCUAGUUUAGUAGGUAGAACUUAUAAAACCUAAAUAUACAAAAUAUUUAUCCCAAAAAAAUGGUUAAUGUUUUUUCACUUUUCACAGGAUUCAAUAUAUUAUUUUUUGUACAACAAAAAAGUCUUAAGGGGCAGUUUUGAUAUUUUCUUCUUGUUUGUACCCAGUAAAACAUGUGGGCCAUAUGGAUAUUCCUUACCUUUUCUUGGCUAGUAAUUACACAUUUACCUCUUUAAUUUUUCUAAAGAUUUCUAUCAAUAUUGGCAGUUAAUGGUCAGGCCAGGCUUCACAAAACUUUUGAUUUGUAUUUCUAAUUGCUAUAUUUUUCCAUCACUGCCAAUUAGAAUCAAAGCAAAAACUUGAUUCAUUGAGCUCACACACCACUGCAGUUUUUUACCACUAUGGGAUGCAAAUCAAUUUAAAGUGUAUUAUAUCUCUUGAAAGUGGGAAGAAAAGUUAACAUAUAGUUUUAAAGUUCAGGUUCAUCAGGCUCAAUUGAUUAUCAAACUACUAUUAAACUACUGAGUAUCAAAUGAAAUUUGUUUUAUAUGUUUAAACUUAUUUUCACAAUGUACAUUUUUACAUGUUCAAUGAACACCAAGACUAAUAAUCUGGAGCAAGGGAAUCAAUGCUUUGUUUGCAUAACCAUUACCUAUACUGUAAUAAAUUCUGCCUUAGAAACUACUACUAAACAGCUGCCUCAGCAACACGAAUAUUGACAAUAACAACACGUAGUUAACUGUCAAAAUCUAUGUUAUGCUGAAGAAAUCAAUAAACAAUCUGAGGCAAAAGGCUGAAGGUAGUCUGAAAUUGCCACUUUUCUACCUUUCGGUAGGAGCUAGCUGCGCCACAUUGUAAAACCUAGCUUGUAUUCGGUGUUAUUAUUUUUUAUUGUUCUACUUCGUAGCAACACUUCAACUAACAGUAAUUUCAGUUAAAAUGCCAUCUCAUGAAAAAUAUUUAUCUAAUCCAACAUUUAAGCUCAAUUUCAAUUAGGGUGAAAUUUUCCAAAAUUGCUACAUUGAAUAUGCUUAUUGGCAGCCAUUUUUCAUUGGUGAUAGUUCAAAAAUGUCAGUAAUGACAUAAAUACUUUAUAUUUUUUAAAAACCAAGGUUUUUCUACUUCCUAAAUUUCGUCCUCACUUCAACCAUCAAAUAAAAACAGAAACUAAAACCACAUUUCCUGUUCUACUACUGAGGAUGGCACCACGAAAUAACACAAGCUCUACUUAUUUUGUGUUAAAGUAAGCAGUCAGUUUAAAUAUUUAAGUGCAGCUCCUAAUUGAUACUCAGCUCAGAGAACAAGGGCACAGCACUAAGUUGUUAAUUUUUAAGUAUAAAAUAUAGAUCAUGUUAAUUUAGUGGGGUUUUUUUAUUAUUAUUUUACUAUUAGAGCAUUAUGGUAAGUGAAUUCUAAAAUUUAAUUGGAGAAUAUUUGUUUUAUUAAACUUGUAUGAACUAUAAAUGUUGAAAUGUGCUCAAGCACGCACGCACACACCGACACACACACACACACACACACACACACAUUAUGUAAAGAAUGAAACAUGAAAGAACCCAAAACAGCAUUCUUUUGUUGUUCAAAUAUAUUAAACUAUUUGACCGAAGGUUGAGAUUAUUUUUUAUUAUUUAUUUAAUUUUAUUGAUCUUAAUGCUGUUAGAGUUCUACUUUCAUACAUCAUGGUCAUGGGAAGAAAUUAAACUAAAGUUGAAUGUUUGGAGACUUCAUGAAAGUAUAACCGUAAGAAUGUGAAGAAAUAUGCUCUGUGCAUUUUUGUGAUGUGCAUUUCUAAGCUAUUGCCCGAUCAUUGUUAUGGAAGGUGUUCACCUUUAGGCAUAUACAAUCAUUAUUACAAACGUCUCAUUUUAAAUGUGUAAAAUUAUAUUCAUUUACAUAAACAAAAUCAACAGCAAAGAUAAAAAAAAUUAGCACAAGGCACUUAGGAAAGCAGUCAAAGGUUGCAGAGGAGCGAUGACAUUUUUUUUUUGUAGAAUGCUGACAUUAAUGCAUAACACAAUUGUCAUGCAACACCAAUGUAGUGAUUGCAAAUCUGCAGCUCAUAUUUGAGUUUACAAAGUUAAGAUUUUAUUGGAUGAGGAGGAGGAUGGAUGGCUGUCUUACGAAAAUACUUUAUACUUAGCAGUGGAGUGAUUGCGCCAGUCUCACCUUUCUUUAUUAAAUCAUUCAAUGUUUAACUCACGAGUGUUUAACUGUUAAACUUGUUAAAAAAUUUAUUUUAAAAAUUUUUAUUUUUAAAAAUAAACAUUUUUAAAAUGCCAUUUCUUAAUCCACUCGAAGAAUUUAAGUUCAUUAAUAUGUAGUUUUUUGGUUUUUUUUUCCCCAACAACAUGUUAUUUGGCCCAAAUAAAUUCACUUCAAACUAGUGUUUGGGAAGGAGGCUAAAAGAUACAGGAUCUGCAGUGCAACAUUCUCUCCUUCAUUUGGCUCAGACACAGAGAAAAAAAAAUGUUGGACAAUAUUCUUUAUUUUACCUUAUUUAAUAAACAUUUUUGUUUCUGAUAAACUUAGUGCCUGUUUGAGCUAUCUGGCGUGUGUCCUUUAACCUCAGCUUUGCUCUAUAACUUGAAUUGCUCCUAGAAGUCUUUCCAGCCGACGGGCUGUUUUUGGUGGGUGAAGAGAAAUCCGUCUUUUUUACUCAUGUUUAGUUCCACAAACCUCACCCAUGCUUCCUGCACAGAUUACCAAUUAGCAUAAGUGCUCGCUCUAUGCAUUUUCUGUCACAAAUACGCAUCCCCACAUCAAUUUGGCAUAGUACCUUUAAAAAAUAUCUUUUGGUUUCUGCCAAGAAUAAAAUCCAUUAUCUGACCACAGCAAUAGAAAGUGUCAGGCUUCAAGAUGGUGCCAUUAGAGAUCCACCACCAUCAUCCUUAUAUGAUGGUGCCUUCCUGAUUUAGUUGUCUCAAAAAGCUGUUUUUAUUUAAGGAGAAAAGUGUUUUAAAAUAAAAGGCAGUGGAACGGCUAGUGGUGAUUUAUUCACGUUUCAUAUGUUAAAGAUUUUAGUUUACCUGGCUCUAAAAUAUGAUGAUACAUGCCCUUUCAGUCAUUUUAAAAUCCCUCUGUUUAAAUGUGUUUGAAUGUACUGUACAAUUUGUGCCUCUAUCUGUCAAAUGGUAAUUAUAUUAUUUUUUGUGCUUUUAAAGGACAAUCUGUUGAUUUUAGCCUGAGUCUCAUUUGGUUCUUUUUUGCUUUAUCCCAAUGCAAUAAAUCUUGAGUGCGCAUGUGAGUUACAUUUCUGUUGCUUUUACAAAAAGGAAGCUCAAGUUGAAACUAACUGUAUUAUCCUUUAAACAAAUGCUAAUAAAUGCUAAUAAAGAGUAUAUAUAUUUAUUGUAGAGUGAAGUUUUACAUUAGAAUAGUAUUAGUAUUAUGAUCAAGUGUAAUGGUAAACUCAUGAUAUUACAUCAUUUCACCAUUCGAUAUCAUAUUACUUGUACUAAGUCUGAAAUGUUUCGUAUUGCUUUGCAUCAGUUUGUAUUAAUCUAAUCUGCUUUAUGUAGGUUUAUUGCAAUGGUCUUCUGCAGUGUCAUGUUUGCAUGUGUCUUGACAUGUGUAUGAUGCAAUAUAGCUGUGAUUUAAUAUCAGUAUCAGUCAAACUUAUAAAAAAGAAAUGUAAAGUAAUAUUUUUGUUUGUUGUUGAUUGUCAAAAACAAUUGGAGUUUUUGUAAUAAUUCACAACAUUUCUAUAUCUCAGUAUAAAAUUUUGAGAAGUUGGCCCUAAUAAAGGAGCAUCUUUAUCUUGUUUUGUAAAAUGCUUCCAACUUCUGCUGCCUUUAAGAAAAUAAAAACAAACAAAAAAAUAGAAACAACAUUAAAUUUUCUUGUCAUGGAUUAAUUUGCACUUCCUUCUACUAGUGAACUCCCAUGACUGUUUUAUAAUAAUGAUUGUUGUAUAAUGAAUUCUGUAAACACAUGCAUGUCAUUGAUUCCUUCUGAACAAUUAAGUACUCAUAACUGAGAUAAAACAAAUGUUGUGCAUUAUACUAUUAAUUUGACCGUGCAUAAAGUUCCAGUAUUUCUUGUUUUCUCUGUAUUGAUGUAUAGGAUUGCCUAAUAAAUUCAAAGUGUAAGUGUGUCA